AGGAGGAGGAGGACCAGGCCGAGCUCCUCACCGGAGAGGUGUCAGCGGGGAAUGAAGAGCGGGGACUCGGCGUCUCCUCCUCCGGUGUGACGGUGUCAACGUUAUAUUCAGAGCGCUGAUGAAGUUCACCAGAGAUCUCUGCCGGUUGCUGGGCUUGGGAGGCGGAGGGCCAUGUGAGGAGGAGAUGGAGGUUCAGAACGGAGCUCCUGACCUGACGGACCGAAGAAAAGACCAAGACUCAUCAUCAUCAUCAUCACAGCAGGCGAUGCUGAACGGUGAGGAGGGGUUGGAUGAGGAGGAGAGAACGAGGAGGAGAGCCGAGAGGAGGAGAGCCAAAAGGAAAAGGCAGAAAGAACGGAAGAAGCUGGAGAGAGAGGAGAGGAUGGAGGAAGCGUCGGAGCAGGAAGAGGAAGCGACUGGAGCGGCGUCAGAGAGUGACAGUGAGGAGGAACUGAAAGAGGAGGAAGAAGAAUGGACCGCUGUUCGUCCCAGAAACAAAUACAACCCUGAGUCGGUCCCAACCGUUGUGACAACAGAGAACAAGAGCAACGGCCUGCUGCCACACAGGACAUCGGAGGAGGAGCCAGAGUGGGAUGUCAGCAGUGCGUUUGUGGCCAACGCCGCCAGCCACAUCAAACUGAGAGGCCUGAAGAACAGAGCGAUACAGAUCUCCAGAGAGAACAAGGAGAACGAGGCCCAGAGCAGCCAGGUGGAGAGCACAGAAGAAAUGAAGAGGAGGGGGGAGUCUCUGACAGUUCAGGGCAUUCAGAUGUUUGGUAAAGGCCAGUACAGCCAGGCGGUGGACAUGUUUACAGAGGCCAUCUACUGCGACCCCAAGGACCACAGGUUCUAUGGAAACCGCUCCUACUGUUACUGGUGUCUGGAGCAGUACUCGCCGGCCCUCACCGACGCUCAGAGGUCCAUUCAGCUGGCUCCUGAUUGGCCGAAGGGGUACUUCCGUAAGGGGUGUGCUCUGAUGGGGUUAAAGCGGUUCAGUGAGGCAGAGGCGGCCAUGGAGCAGGUGUUGAAGUUGGAUCAGCACUGUAAGGAAGCAUCCAGUAAACUCCUCACCUGCCGGGUCCUUCAGCUCAUGGAGUUUGGUUUCGAGGAGGAGCAGAGUAAAGCGCUGCUGGAGAAGUUCACCAGCGUUCAGGCGGUCAUCGACUCACCAGAGGCCCAAACACUGAAGCAGGACCAGAGUGGGAGCUGUCGCUCUCUGUGGGUCGGGAACAUCACAUUGGAAGUGACAGAGAAAGACGUCUUGGAUCUCUUUAAAACGGUCGGUGAGGUCGAGAGCGUCCGGGUUCUUCAUGAGCGAUUCUGUGCCUUCGUCAACUUCAAGAAUGCCAACAUGGCCGCCAAAGCCCUGGAGAAGCUGCAGGGUGUGGAGCUGGGGAGCAGCAAGCUGGUGAUGAGGUACCCAGACCGCUGGACCCAGAGAACCACGACCCCCAUACAGAGGACCAACGGCAGCCUCAGCUCCAACGGGGCAGGAACACAGCAGAGCUCAGCUGCAACAGGGUCCAGACGGUGCGUACCAAUAAACGGAGACGGGUGCUUCUACUGGCGGACCACAGGCUGUUUCUAUGGCGACAAGUGCCGCUUCAAACACAUACCAGACCAACAAGGUCGAGACAAGAAACCAUGGCAACCUUAACUGUGUCCCAUCCCAAAACCCAACCAACAGCAGAGAAGGAAGAAGAACAGGAACAAGGAGGGGAAGCCUGAGAACACUGAGAACAAUGACAGCUGAAUGUGUGAGACGGAGAGAGUCGGAUCCGGUUUGUAUGUGAUGGGUGAAGUCAAGGGGUUGUGACUCGGACAUCAAGAGGAAUAUUACACAGAAAACCUCAGAAAGACAAAUUCACGUGAUACCGCAAAACUUCUGAUGCAAGAAGGUCCUCAAAGGAAUUUAAUUUAUUGGAACUGAGGUGUUUGGAUCCUGAUAUAAACCCUGAUGAACUCCUGGUUUCUGCAUGGAGAACCCUGCUCUGUGGAAGAAAUGUCAUCUGUCAUCAAAAGGUUUUAUUUGGACGAACGCGUUUGGUUGAACCAUAUUGGAAACACUUCCAAAACCCAGCUGAGUGACAAACUUUGUCUCAUGAACACCAUGAAGUCAAGAGUCAUUUUUAUUUAGUAUUCGAAAUGUAUAAAUA